GUAGAACGUCGGUCCCCAGGAAAACAAUAACAGAACGGGGAGUAAGUGACACGUUUUCCAGCACUCCAAAUCCGAUAGAGUUGCCAGAGCUGCCAAAAGUCUUGUAAACAGAAACAGCUGAUUGGGCCAACGAGAAUCUGAGAUGGCUGCUCCCCUGCCGGAUCGUUUUAGUGCCGGUAAACGUCAGUUCUGGCGAGAAUUCCUCGAACUUUAUCAGGGAAUGCCGGAGCUGUGGGAUGUCCGCAGCUUUAAUUAUCGCAACAAGGAGCUACGAAAUCGGGCAUACGAAUUGCUGGAGCGGAAACUCCGCGAGAUCCAGCCAAAUGCCACACGUACCGAGGUGGGCAGACGUAUCAACAUCUUUCGGACAAAUUACAGGCGGGAGCAGAUGCGAAUCCUCAAGCAAAAGGAGCUGGGACUGCACUCGGACCUCUGUAAGCCCACUCUCUGGUUCUACGACUACAUGGGCUUCCUCCUGACCCAAGAGACCUUUCAGCACAGGACUAGAAAAGGUCGAGGGGGUAGGCAGAAGGCGGUCUUUCGUCUGGAAAAUAACAACACAGAUCUCAAAGCGGACAGCGUUUGCGAUUGGCUGAUGACGGAAGACAACGAGCCAGUUGUCCCACCAUCCGAAGAAGGUUCACUUCUCAGUCCAAAAGUGGAGAUAAUAGAGCCAGAGGAGGAGGUCCCAAGCAAUGGGAUGGAGCAUUCUGAUCUCAAAGCGGAAGAGAAGGUGGAAGAUGCAUUGGAUAUUAAAGAACCCGCCUGUUCAACGCAACCACAGCCCAACAACGAACAAGGACCCCAAAACACAGUUCUCAGCGAGUCCUCCGAAGUGCUGGCCAAAUCCUGGGCCAUUCAGUACGAGGAGAUGGCGCCCACGCAACGCAUCCUGGCCCGAAAGGCCAUCGCGGACAUCCUGUUCGAGGGCUGCAUGGGCAACCUGCGAAUAAACCGCGGAGAUCAAGGAAACAUCGUGGGCAAUCAUUUAUAAUUUGGAUUUUAGGUUAUUUUUAAGUGCUGUUACGUUUCGAGUAAUCAUUUAAUCGAUGUGCUAAAUGCAUACAUAUUUAAACUUAUGAAAUGAAUUUAGAAAAAAAGAUCUUGCUACUACUA